AUGGAAGAUACCGCAUACAGCCGCCUAAAAAAGCAAAUCUACAAGAUGACCACAAAAGAAGUACAGCUCAACAGCGACAUACACUUUCUAUCCAUCUGCAAGAAAAGACAGCUGAUCCCCAAAGGCCUAAAAAUCAAAAAUCCACUGGCUAAUACGCAGAAAACACAGUAUGCUGAAAACCUGUGUAAACGCACUAGUGAGAAACUAAGAAACCAUCUCAUCCACCAGCUCUACAACAAGAAAUAUAGCAUACAACAUAAAAAACAAUAUCUACUCCAAAAUCUACGUGAGGAGAAUACAUGUAUGGCUAAACAACUAGAACAUGAUCUACACUAUUUUUACAAAAAGCAACAAAGGGACCUUUUUAAGAAGAAAAAUAAUAAACUCAUCAGACUACAGCAGGAUUAUCACAAACAUUUGGCAGAGAAAGAGAAAUGGCAAGAGAAAUCUGGUAUUGUUAACAUUUCGGAUUACAAACUAUCUGACCCAGAAACAUCAGUUCUCUCCAAAGGACUAUCAUUUUGCCCUAGCACAAAACUUGAUGACAUUGGGCUCUACUCUGACGUGGAAGAAUUUUUCAGAAGGAUGCGACUUAAGGAAUACUUCCAUGACAAAGAGAGCACUGAAACCACAAUGGAUUACAACAACCGGGAAAAAAAACACUAA